CCUAUUAAAAAGCUUGUGGUUAAUGGAGGCAAAAGAAGAAGGAUGAGGAGGAGCAGGCUCACCCUGGACUGCACCCACCCCACAGAAGAUGGCACCAUGGACACUGCCAAUUUUGAGCAGUUUCUCCAGGGUAGAGUUAAGGUAAAUGGGAAAGCCAGGAAUCUCGGUGGAGGGAUCAAGAGCAUCAAAUGAAGCAAGUAUAAGAAUGUGACUUCUGAGGUGUCUUUUUCCAGAACAUAUUUGAAGUAUCCCACCAAAAAUUAUUUGAAGAAUAAUGAUCUACGUGAUUGGUUUUGUAUAGCUGCAAACGGCAAAGAGAGUUGUGAAUUACGAUACUUUCAGAUCAAUCAAGAUGAUGAAGAGGAAGAUGAGGAUUAA